AUGGUGCUGCAUCAGAGCUCACCAUACCUAAUUUCACAGACAAAUGCGGGCCGUCACUGGCGCCGACUGCUCAAUGAUGUGUUUCUUCCCGAGGGAUACCCCUUCACCGUCUCACCCCAAUGCGUCAGGUACCAGAUAUGGAACGCAGUGCAAGCAUUCUGCAGCUCGCUCGCGGGCCUAUUCGCAUCAAGAGCGGUCUUGCAAGGACACGGCGUGGGAAACGCUUCAGCAUCCGCCACGGAUGCUAUAUUCCUGACAAUCCUCCAGGACGUGUUCAGCAGGUUAACCACCAUUGUCUCCGGGUACUACCUGGGAACCUCGCUUUACCCCGAAGCCAAGACAUACCGCCUUCUCGCCGACAUCCUCAACGACGCAGCGAUGGUUACCGACACCCUCUCUCCACACCUUGCGCACUUCUCCUUCUCCCUCAGCUAUCCAUUCGUCGUCCCGGCAUCGAACUCAUCACUACGCGUCGUCGCACUCUGCAUGAGCGGUGCAUUCCGUGCGCUUUGCGGCGCCGUGGCGGGCGGCUCGAAGGCGGCUCUCACUGUGCACUUCGCCACCGCCGGCGAGCGCCCGGGCGAUGUCGGGGACCUCAGUGCCAAGGAUGGUAGCAAGGAGACCGUGCUCGCAUUACUGGGCAUGCUGUCCGGAAGUGUUGUUCUCAGAUACGUACACACCGCGCAGGCAACCUACGUCGUCCUGUUCGGCCUCAUCUUCUGCCACCUCGCCGCCAACUUCAUCGCCGUGCGCGUUAUCGCCAUGCGCGCCUUCAACAGACAACGCGCCGGUAUCGCCUGGUGCGAGUUCCGCCGCUCUUUCGACGUGGUGACUGUGGUCCCAGAUUAUCUUCACGUCGCGCGCCAGGAACGCAUCUUCACCGAUUCGGCACGCAUACCGAUCUCCCAGCAUGCUCGAGGAACGUACGCGCACUGCGCCCUAGGCGUCUCGUUCCUGUCCCUGAGCGGACGCGAGCCUUUUAGCGACGAGCAAAUCGCAACGCUCCUCGAGGUCUUCGCCCACGAAAAGUACAUCCUGUGGCCCGCCUCCAAUCCGCCCCAAAUCGCAGUCGUGCUCAAGGACGGACACGGCCCCCACGAUCACCUGAAGGCGUGGGCGCACGCCCACGAGAUUGCUAACAUUUGCGAUCGGGAGUCGCACGCGCACGGAUUUAACGAGUGCCUUGUCGCUAUCCGCUACGCCCUGGAGAACGUGUCGCGAAUGUUUCCGUUGUUCUUGCGAGCCGCGCAGGAAGUGGGAUGGAAGACAGAGGAAGGCGUUGUGGUGGGCGGCUCGCCAAUAACGGUCACUAUCGGAGAGGCCGAGGUGCUAGAGGACAAGAAGGACAUAUGA